AUGGGCAAGUCCAGGCCUCAGAAACAGAAGAAAUCCUCCAAAUCUCGCGAGAAGUCCCUCCUCGGCGUCGGUGGUUCGGUGAAGCAGUCGCAGACCAAGAUGAACGAAGACCCCACCCAGCUCCUGGACCAGGCGACGAUACUCAUCCAGACCGGCCAGGCCGAUGCCGCUUUACAACUAGCGCAGCAGGCGCUCGACAGCUCGCCCGCAGGCUCCCCCUCACACCUGUCGGCUUUGAUCGCCGUCGCCGAGAUCUACGUCGAACUCGGAGAUAUCGACACCGCCCGAGCUCAUUUCCUGCGCGCGGUCGAAGCCGACCCCAACGGAACGAUACCGGAGUCUCAGGGCGGCGGCGCCGAGAAGUUCUUGUGGCUGGCCCAGUUGAGCGAGGAAGGUGGAAAGGAUAGUGUCCGGUGCUGGGAGGAAGACGCAGAGAACCGUUGCGAGACGCUCAUUACGGAGGCCCUCCUUGUGGAACCCAACGGACCCGAGGUCCUUCAGACCCUGGCUUCCAUUCGCAUUUCGCAGCUACGGACAGACGACGCCCAAGCGGCACUGAGAAGGAGUCUCGAGAUCUGGAAGGACCUGCCCCCGGAGGACCCUAGCAUCCCGGACUUUGCUACCAGAAUCAGUCUUUCUCGUCUCUUGAUGGAGGUUGCGCUAGAGUUCGAGGCAUUGGAGGUCUUGGAGCGGUUGAUCCUGGAAGAUGACCAGAGUAUCGAGGCUUGGUAUCUAGGCGGAUGGUGCUUAUAUCUCCUAGCCGGGAAGCAACAAGCCCCUGCGGAUGAGGAGGAGGAAGCUGAUACCCCCGAGGCCAAGCGCCUUGCAUCGCUCGUUGCCAGUCGCGAAUGGCUCAAACAGGGUCUGGCUCUCUAUGAGAUCCAGCAGUACGAGGAUGAGAGGCUCAAGGAGCAUGCGCUCGAACUUGUUCAGGAGAUGAACCAGGAACUGGGCGAAGAGAUUGAGGACGAAGAGGCCGAGGGCCAGGAGGGUGAGGAAGGUUGGGAGGACGAGGAGAUUGAGGUGGACUCAGACACGCGUUUCCCUCCCUCCCCCCCGGAGUUAAUCCAAGCCAAUUUUGUCCCGGCCAAGCACCUUCGGGGUGGCAAAACUGAGCUCAAUUGCCCCCCCCUUGUCUUCCGUUACAGGAUGGACCUGGAAUCCGCGCCCAGCGGGGAAAGCUCGUCGUCGUUGCAGACCCCAGUCGCCGCCGUCGCCGUCGAGAUGACUUCCGCGGAUGUAAUCGACAAGCCAGCCCCGGCGAACAAGGACCCCACCGCCACUGCCCCCAAGGCCGAGAUGUCUCAGACCGAUUUCGAGACCGACAGUGACGCUUCGGGCGAGGAGUGGGAAACCCAGUCCCUAUACGACGACGCCAUUGAAGUACUGCGGGACGAGCAACUUCGCGAUGGAGUCCCCGAUGCCUGUACGUUGGAGGAGGCUGUCGCGUACCGAAAGCGCCUCCAUGAAAUCGGCAAGGCUGCGUUCGUCGAAGAGACCAUUGCAAAAGAGACGGUCACUGCGAAGAAGUUGUGCACGGCGUUCGGCAUCCAGCCCCCGGCGUUCCUCGAUGGUGCCCCCGACGAGGCCUACCACCCUCUCCUCGCGAUCGCGAUCUCGCGCGAGUUCUCGAGACGUUCGAAGCUCCCACAGCACAAUACCAUCGACGAUGCGGUGAGGUUGCUGAAGGAGUCCAAAAACAUCAUCGUGCUGACCGGCGCUGGCAUCUCCACCAGUCUUGGGAUCCCCGACUUCCGCUCCAAGGAUACUGGAUUAUACUCACAGCUCGCGCAUCUGGGCCUCAGCGAUCCGCAGGAGGUGUUCGACAUCCAUGUGUUUCGCGAAGACCCCAGCAUCUUCUUCUCGGUCGCCAAGGACAUCCUCCCCACGGAAAAGAAGUUCUCGCCGACGCACGCGUUCAUUCGCCUGCUGCAGGACAAGGGCAAACUGUUGACCAAUUACACCCAGAACAUCGACAACAUCGAGGCCAAUGCCGGUGUUGCCGCAGAGAAAAUCGUCCAGUGCCACGGCUCGUUCGCCACCGCGACAUGUGUCAAGUGCAAGUUCCAAGUGUCCGGGGACGAGAUCUUCGACGAGAUCAAGAAGGGUGCCAUCCCCCAGUGCGCCGCGUGCCGUGACCGGAUCGCAGAGGAGACGGGCGCGAAACGCAAGCGCAGCACCACGGGUGUGCACCGAAAUCGCAAGGAGGACCGCGGCGACAGCUCGGAUGAUGAAUACGAAAUCCCGUCGCCCGGUGUUAUGAAACCCGAUAUCACAUUCUUUGGCGAGGAUCUUCCGGAUGAAUUCGGUCGUCGCCUGCUUCACCACGACCGCGAGCGGGUGGAUCUGGUCAUUGUCAUUGGGACGUCUUUGAAGGUGGCACCGGUCGCAGAGGCCCCCGGCGUGCUGCCUCGUCACGUGCCUCAAAUCUUUAUCUCUCGAACUGUAAAUAGCGGUGGCGCGGGGCCCAGCGCAAGCCCUCCAACGAUUACGAUGGAAUAUCUGAUCCGCUUCGCCCAGGUCCACGAGUCCUUCCGGCAGCCUGAGAUCCAGGCGUUGGCCGACUUGGCCGGCAUUGAUCUCGAAUUCAUCUACUACGAUAAAUAUUCCCCAUUCUGCGUCAUCAGAGUCCCCGAUGAAGCCGCGGCGCGCACGCUCAUCGCCCGCAGUAUCCUAGCAAAGGACAUCUUCGAGCUCUGGGGCUAUGGCACCAACCUGGAGGAGGUGCACGCGGACGUCCGCAGGCGGACGACCGAAGCCCGCUGGGCCGACUUCCGGACGGACUCGUUCCGCUUCACGGUGGACAGCUUCGCGGGCAAGCGCAGCAACGACAAGAAGCGCGAGAUCAUCCAGUCGUUCUCCUUCCUCGGCUUCCAGGGUCCCAUCCGCCUGAAGAACCCGGACCAGGACUUUUGGGUCUUGGAGGACUACGGCUGGGAUGUGGCUGCCGCUGACGCUGCCACCGCCACGGGUGCUGCCACUGCUCGCAGCAGCAGCAGCACUCCCAUCCUCCGCCCCGUGCCAGAAGGCCAGGAGCCCAAGCGGAUCUGGUUCGGCCGCUGGCUGGCCAACAGCAGCCGCGACGUGAUCAACAAGUACGACCUCAAGAAGCGGCGGUACAUCAGCACGACGUCCAUGGACGCGGAGCUGACGCUGAUCACGGCGAACAUGGCCCACGCGGCGCCGGGCCGGCUGUUCUACGACCCCUUCGUCGGCACGGGCAGCUUUCUGGUCGCCAUGGGUCACUUCGGGGCCCUGAAUUUCGGGUCGGACAUCGACGGCCGCAGCUUCCGCGGCAAGGAGAUGAUCGAGCGCGGCGGCACCAUGGGCGUGCUCGCCAACUUCCAGCAGUAUGCGAUCGCCGGCCAGUUUCUGGAUGUCUUCUCCUCCGACCUGACGAAUACGCCGCUGCGCGCGCAGCCGUUCCUCGACGGGAUCGUCUGCGAUCCGCCGUACGGGGUGCGCGAGGGGCUGAGGGUGUUGGGCAGGCGGGAGGGGCUCCGGAACGAGGAGGUGAUUAUCGAUGGGGUGCCGGCUCAUCUUCGACCCGGUUACAUUGCCCCGAAGAAGCCCUACGGCUUCGAGGCUAUGCAGAACGACAUCCUCAACUUCGCCGCUCGGACCCUAGUUAUCGGUGGACGCAUGUGCAUGUGGAUGCCUACCGCCAACGACGAGGAUCUCGAGCUAGACACGCCCAUGCACCCGAAUCUCGAGGUUCUGAGUGUAUCCGUUCAGCCGUUCUACAACUGGUCCCGUCGACUCAUCACCUACCGCAGACUCCCCGAAGGACAAGUAUGGGAUGUGUCCAAGGGACGCAGCAGACUCGACUCAGAAGUACUUCACCAAAAACCCCCAAUACGACAACAAAGAGCCCAGAUCAGGCAGCGCAACGCCGGCCUCAUGAUACCAGAAUAA